AUGAGCGGCUAUCACCUUGACCAAUUUGAGACAGCACAAAUGCCAUCAGACUCUCCGAAUGCAAUUGAUAUCGAAGCACACGCGGGCUCGAUCCGGCGGGAGAUUUCUCCCGGAAUUCAUAUUGCCCCCUCUACGGAGGAUUUAUCUUCUCCCGAAAUGAUUCCUAAUACGAGGACCAUGUCGCGGGAUACAAUCAGAAAUCGCACACGACGCUCCAAUACGGCUCGGUCAUAUCACCCGGACUCAGUAGCUCCCGACUCCAGCUGGCAGCCAGGGACCGAGCCGGGUAUUGAUCCUACCAAACCGCUGCCCGCUUAUAAUGCUGACUGGCUAAGCUCUUUGCCAACGGAUCUUCAGAAGAGGUGUGAAAUUAUUGUGGUCGACUUUUCCCAACAUGAAAUGCGACAGUACGAGCUCUCCAACGACACAUUGGAUGCGUUCCUCGCCAGGGAGAGGGAGCCAUGGGUGCAAUGCAGAUGGAUCAAUGUCAAUGGCCUCAGUUGGGAUGUUAUCCGAACCCUGGGGAACCAGAAGAGUUUGCAUAGACUUGCGAUCGAGGAUCUAAUCAACACCACAAAUCGUACCAAAGUGGACUGGUACUCGGACCAUGCAUAUAUUGUGCUCACGCUGCAAAAGCUGAUAAAGCUACAUGAGGAAAUCAGUGAAUCUGAGGAAGAGCAAGAGUUAGGGCAGCCGUCGGGAAAGAAUGAUCGAAGGGGUUCAGCAGGAAGCAACAAAAGCACCACUUUGAACAGGCCCACCGGACAUGGUGUUGUUCUGGAGGCGUUGAAAGACAUUUUGGGGGUGGGAUCACGCGGGCGAGUUUUAGUUGAUGGCCAUACUGCUGGCCAAGGCAUCCGUCCCUCAGGCAAGUCCGCGUCCCAGUCUGGCAACAUUUCUGGUGCUGGAAAUCCCUUUCGCAGCAUCCAGCGUUACCGAGGAGGUCCAAACGAAGACAGGAUUGCAUUCAUGGAGCACAAUGCUGUCCUGGCACCCAAAGGGUUGUGCGUUACUCUAGAGCAAGUAUCCAUUUUUCUCCACGGGGACAACACCGUGACCUCGUUCUUCGAAGCAAGUGCCGAUGACAUCGAAGCUCCUAUAGUCAAGCGCCUCAACUCUCCGGAGACUAUGCUGCGUCAGUCGUGUGAUGCUAGCAUGCUAGUGCAGGCAAUCCUGGAUGCCAUCAUCGACUUGGCCAUCCCAGUAACCAUGGCAUAUCAAGAUGCGAUUGGCGACCUGGAGCUUGAUGUUCUCACGGACCCAGAUAUUGACCAGUCAAAGAGCCUCUAUAUACUGACGUCUGAGAUCGCCAUUCUGCGGAAUGCCAUUCAACCGAUUGUGACAGUGAUCAAUGCCCUUCGAGAUCAUCGGUCCGACCCUGCCAGCACCCCCGGCCUGAGCCUAUUCAGGAAUUUGGGACCACCGGGCCCUAGCGGAGCAGGAACGUAUUUUGGGAACAGUACGCAAAACCUCAAAAGUCUCACCGGCACGAGCGUUUCAAUCAGCCCGAUGUGUUAUACAUACCUGGGCGAUGCAUUGGACCAUUGCAUCACAAUCGUCGAAGGUUAUGACCAAAUGAGACGUGCUGCUGACAACAUGAUCGAUUUGAUCUUCAACACAAUCGGAGCAUAUCAGAACGAAAGCAUGAAGCAACUGACUCUUGUGACUUGUCUCUACCUCCCCUUGACAUUCCUAACGGGUUACUUUGGUAUGAACUUCGAGUCGUUUUCUGGCAUUCAGCACAGUGAUGCGUACAUACUUUUGGAUGAUUGCAGUGCCUUUCGUUUUCGCAACGACUCUAUUCUUAAUGUGAUAUCCCUUGCCUCCCUGCCAUCCGGACCCUGCUAA